AGGAGCGGCAAUCGCAGGGUAAAACCAUACUCUUUGACUGUGAAGACAUACUCUGCGGCUGGGAAACUUAGUAGGAAAAAUAUUUCUCUCUCUCCUAAUGUUGUUCUUCCCAUUCGCACGAUCGAUACAUUUGAAAGCUUUCAAGAAAACCUUAACGACGAAGGUACAAAUAAUUUACGUGGAACUGGAUCUCGAUAUGAAAGGAGGAGAGUGAAUGAAAGCGAAUCCUGGAAGUGUUUGCAAGACAAUUUAGUAAAGUCGUACAUCGAAAAUUGUGCCAUGAUACCAGGACAACUCUGCGUAAAAUGUUUAGAAGAUGGCAUACCAGCAAAGAAAGCAGAAAUUAGAUGUCGUGAUUGCGGUCACGGACAGUUCUACUGUUUUGAGUGUGCGGAAUCCCUUCAUCGAACGAGGAAUGUUUUCCAUUUGGUUGAAGUAUGGAAGACUGAUUGUGAAAUGUUUGUUCCAUUACUUAUUGGUGGUAUAUUACGUGACAGUCAGCAUGCUAACUGCUCUUCAACAGAAUCACGUACUAUAAUAUGUGUGGAUGGAAAAGGUCGGCAGCAUUUAAAAAUUGUUCAAUUCUGUCAGUGUAUUAAGGAUGCUGAAAAACUAAUUAAACUCCAGCUGUGGCCAGGCUCAUCUUCUAAACCCAAAAUUGCAUUUCACUUUGACUUCAUGGAUUUUGCUGAAAAAUUCUUGCUCGAGAGCCAUGUAUCCUUGCACAAAUUUUGCAGCACUGUUGAAGUUGAAUAUCCUGAAAUGCUACCUAGACUGGUCAAAAACAUAUAUAAUGUGUUAAACAAUGGAUCAUUCGAUGAAUACAGAUAUUUCAAACACCAAGUCAGAUCAUUAAAGUUCAUACAGAAAGACCUGAUUGAUUAUAGAAAUUGCCCUCUUUGCCCACAAAGUUGUCAGAUAUUUAAGGCAGGAGAAGUUACAGAAGCACUUCACUCCAAAGGAAAAGAUCAACUGUUUGAUGAAAAAGGAGUGUUUGGUAGUUGUUGCAGUCGGCAUUCACACCCUGGACGAUUUUUCAGCACUAAAUAUGGGGAAAGAAUUUCGUAUUCGCUGUUCCUAAUCCAAAGCAUUUUAAAAGAUGCUGACCAAAGUCCUGGUGUUGAUUUAAAAAUAAUGUAUGAUAUUGGAUGUGUAUUAUCAUCACAUUUAAAGGCAAACAAGAGGCAUGACAUUUUGUCAAAAGUGUCAAUUUCGUUGCCGAUAUUUCAUUGUUAUGGACACAAGGCUUCAUGCCAGGUCAAGUUCAGUCCUAGAAGGCUGGAUGGUUUUGGUCUUACAGAUGGUGAGGCUAUUGAAAGGCUCUGGGCUUACCUUCGUGGGUUCUCAGCUAUCACUAAGAAGAUGUCUGCCAGUAGAAGAGUAGAUCUUUUGACAGACGCUCUUCUUCACUUAUCUCGAAGAAAUUUUAGCAAUGCAGGAAAAUCGUUAACGUCGAAGCUUAAAAAAUGUUUACAACUUAAAAUUAAAACGCAACAAGAAAUGAAGGAUUUAUUUAGCGAACUACCUGUGACGUACGAUCCUGAAAUUGUUUGUCAGUGGGAGGCCAGAGAGAAGGAAAUUAUGUCAAGAGUCUACCCAGAACAUAAAGAAAUCACGGAAAACUGGAAAGUGACGUACGUUCAAAAGCUACUGCAUUUUAAACAACUAAGUGCUACAUCAUUCGGAUGUUUUGAAGAAAACCAGGAGAUAACCUCUGAAGAUUACUCAAUUCAUCAGAUGUCGAAAAAACUAUACCAGUUUCGAAAGAUUUUAAAAGAUAUUGAACGAAAGCAUUCUGUAAAAGAAAGAUGGAAACCUGGUCAUCCUAAUUUUGACGUCGUUGCAUUGCAAGUCAUACAAAGAAAACGAAAAGAUACUAUCGGAGCUUUACAUGGACUUUCCAUAGAAAGGCAUUUCUUAAUAACAUUGAAAAAGAAGUAUGCAGAUGGUCAGAAAAUUGCCACUCGCUUGUCCAGGCAAAUCACCAAGAUCACGAACAAGAUGAAAUUAACAAUUGAGAAACACAAUGCUGCCAUUGAUUCUCUUCGUGAUUUUAUAAACAGUUUACCCGAUCGUCUGACAUUUGACAACGCGAAAGAUCCUACAUCAGACCUUUAUGAGGGAUUUGAGUCUGGUGAGGAUGACAUUCUAGGGGAAGCCUCGGUCCCAGUAUACACAAAGAGGAAGGCUAUUGAAAUGUACUUAAUCCUAAAACGAUGUGACGAGGAAGAGAAACUUUUAAACUUGGAAAGAGAAAGGCUUCUAUUGUAUUACACCAAUCUUAUCUCAAAAUUGAUGAAGCACUUGCUGAUCUUGGUGAUUUGAGCAGCGAUGAAUUCAUGCUUGGUUCAAAGCAUGAACUGAUAAGAUUUAAAACCAAAUUGCGGAAUGAGUUGUUCAGCUUGAAGAAAAGUUUUGAGCUUCCACUUGGAGAAACUUUUCUUCUCCAGGCUGAGAUUGUCAACUUAACCAAUGAUGUCAACAUUCCCAAUGAAUCUGAAAGCUCACCGUAUGAGGAAUCCGAUACUGAAGAUGGAAACAUCGAAGAGCUCUCAGAAGUGGACAGUGACAUUGAAUAGACGACAUAGCUACUAUUCGUAAACUAAUAGCUACUUUUUAUGUACUUAUGUAAUUUAGUUGUUCACGUAUCUAGUAUAACUGAUAUCACGCAAA